ACAUAGCAAAACCUUAACUUGAUAAGCGCGUAUCGUUCCGUAGUACCAACUACAAUAACCAAGUACAAUUCAUUAGUGAUAUAUAAUAGUAUUUUUAUUGAAAAAAAAAAAAAUAUAUAUAGUCAAAAUGUUCAAAUACGUCUUGGUCUUGAGUCUUUUGAGUGUAGCAUUUGCUGUGCCAGUUAGUCGCGAUGAAGCUGAAGAGCUUGAGAAGGCAGAGCUUGAACGUUACCAAAACGAAAAUGCACAAUAUGCUUUUAAUUCAAAAGUGGAGGAUGACAUCAACGAUGGUGCCAUUCAACGUGAGGAAGUACGUGAUGGUACUAAGGUCAAAGGCAGUUACUCAUAUCGUGAUGGCUUUGUUAUGCGCACUGUCCACUAUGAAGCUGAUGAAAAUGGAUACCGUGUAGUUAAGGAAGAUACAAAAGAAAUUGGCGAUGGUCCAACAUUCAAUUCUGAUGGACAAGCUGAUGUUGAAGGUUCCUUAAUUGGCAAAUACUCCAUUAAGCUGGACAAGGAUGACGAUGAGAAACACUAUAAAGAUAUACGCGCUUAAAGUGUUUGAAAAAAAAAUUUCAGAAGUUGCGAAUUCUUCUUCAAAGAGAAACUCUUGUUUUUUUUUUCUUGACAAGAGAAUUUUGUAUUUAUUCAUUUAGAAAUAGACUGAAAUUUUUAUUUUGUUUAACUUUUUUACCCUUUUUUUUAUUUGUUAAAAAAUAAAGAAAUAAACUAAUGAAAUAAAAACAAUUAAAUAAGUUUAU